GAUGACCUUUGCUUUGGGGUCUCUUCCAUCUCUAUGAUCCUGGAGCAGAUGCUGAUUUUCUCCUGGGAUUCCUUAGUGGGCGCUAGAGGGCGCUCUAACACAAGGGAUCUCGGUGGACGCCAGUUUUCAGUAGCUCUCUUUCUCCCUCUAGUGGCCGCUCUGAGAACAGCAGCCACCUGCCAGACUGUUUUCUUUCUGGUUCGCUUGGCAACCAAAGAAGGCCCAGUUGCAGAGAGAGUCAACUAUGGAGGAGGAGGAGGAGAAAGAGAAAGAGGAGGAAAAGAAGGCAGAAAGUGUUAAACAAAAGGAGGUGAAGAUGGCGACCGUUUACCUCGGAUUCUUCCCCACCGCCGUCACCCAAGAAAAACUUGAAGAAGCCCGCGAGGAAUCCAUCCGUCGCAUUUUUGGGUCCACCGAUACCUUGCGCUUUAUGAAGAGCAGCCAGAACGUGGGGACUUACAAAGGCAUCCUGCAGAAGAAGACAGAAGAGCACUGCCAGGAAGGAAACCAGUACUUCUCUCAGGGAGAAUGGGAAAGAGCCAUCACCUGCUUUUCCAAAGCCUUGAAUCUGGACCCUAAGAAGGUGGAACUGUAUGAGCAGAAGGCCGAAGCUUUCCUGCAGCUCUGUGACUUCCAGUCCGCCGUGAUGCAUCUCCGGAAGGCCUAUUCCAUGUCGCCGAGGAAGGAGAAUAUCAGCGCCCGCCUUGCCUUCAUUUUGCAGCUACAGGGCCAGUGUCUAUAUGAGCAGAGUGCCUACUUGGAGGCCUUGGAGGCCUUCACCCACGCCUUGGAACUGCAGCCUAGGAAUACAUUUUUUCGCAUGAGGAGCAUUGCCUGCUUAGGUGCCUUGAAACGAUACAACGACUGCCUCCAGAUGGUCAACGAAGAAGUUGCUCAAGAAAAGAACCCAGACCUCUUUGUCCUGAGGGCUCGACUCUAUGAACAUUUUGGGAAGGUUACCUUGUGUUUCCACAACCUUCAAGAUGCCAUUGCGUUAGAACCAGGGCACACUGAAGCUUUGGCCAUGCUGAGUAAUUUGAAGAAGGAGGCUCAAAAAUCCAGGGACCAAGCCGUGAACAAGGCGGUGAAAGGAAACCUGAAAGCAGCCCUGCUGAAAAUCAACCGGGCCAUAGACUACAACCCUCUGGAUGCAAAUUACUACCUCUUCAGAGGAAGCAUCCUGAGGAGGCUGAAGGACUUCAAUGCAGCCAUCGACGACUACCUCAAAGCUGUGGAGCUCAGCCAGGAGGAGGAAGGCAGCGAGGUCCGGUCCACAGCCCAGAAGCAGAUGCUGCUGACGUACAAUGACUUUGCGGUGCACUGUUACGGCAAGGGUUGCUAUGAAGAGGCUGUCCUUCUCCUCAACAAAGCCAUCAAGGGGGAGAAGAAUGAGAAAGGGCUCUACAUGAACAGAGGAGACUGCUUUCUCAAACUGGGUGAGCUGAACUUUGCGAUGGCCGACUACCAGCAAGCCCUGGCGCUCAGGCCUUUGGACCCUUACCUGCAGAAGCGCAUCGCUUGGCUGCACAAUGAAAUGGGACUUCAGGAUUUUCAAGAGAGGCGAUACUGGCAGGCCGAAUCACAUUUCUCCUGCGCCAUUGAGAACAACCCGCGUGAGGUGAAGUAUUACCUGCAUCGGGCCAAGAGCCGCAUGUUCCUGCAGGAGGUGAUGGGCACCAAGGAAGAUCUUGCUACGGCUCUCCUCCUGGAUCCAGGGAGAGCGGAGACCCACACUUUGGUCCAUAACUUCUUCCCAGGGGAGCAAAUCCACUCAAUCGUCAGCGGUAAAAUUGGGGACCUUGCCAGAGCUCUUCUGGACCGGAGGCUGGCAGCCUGUCCAGGGCACAGUGCCCCGUCUAACCGUGAAGGUCUGGAAUCCAAAGGGAGAAAGUCACCAAAAGACAUAUAUAUUGAAAACAAAGACCCAGAGAUGGGUGAGGAAGAGGAAGAGAAGAAGAAGAAAGAGAAGCAGCCGGAUUCUGAAGAGAAGAAGCUGUAUGAGAAAGUCAUUGCUUGCCAGAUGAAGACUAACAAAGUUAGCCAGGAGGUGAAGAAAGUGCUAGAGAAAAGGGCCUCUCUAGAAUCACACGCUGUGCGUCUGGACCGAUACCCAAGCCUUCCCGAAAAGGUGAGCUCAAAGGAACCAUACCAAUGGAAGAAGGUCAGCCGCAGCACCAUCCACUUCUAAUCGCAUCGCUCAGUGUCGCAUUUUGGUGAAAGACUCGGCGGUAGUUUGCUGCCAUUGUCCCACUAAACCUGGCUAUCAUCCUCUUGGUCAGUAGAAACAGAGUGUUUCAUUUCUACUUCCAAGUCAGCAAGGCUGUGAAAGCUUGCUUCCAAAAAGCUAGCGUGCCUGUCUUACAAACAUCUCCUGCUAAUCUCAAACGGGAUUAUGACCAACGGCUGGCAUCACACAACACUUGUCCCUUCCAUUUUGGUGAGUUCGAGAAGCCAUCUCCAACCACCUUGCUUUUCCCAACAUUAUUUUAUUUAAGGUGCCACAGCUAAGCCCUUGAGUUGCUUCUAUUUGUUGCAAAGAAUACCAGGAGGCAAGACAAAACUUGAAGUAUUCUAAUCCCUUUGCAAUUACUGAGAGUUGAUUUCAUAACGAAAUCAGCCCUGAAUGACCAGACAGGGCAGCUCUUUUCCAGUUCUGUAGUUACGGCCGAUACCCAAGUUGUGUCAGUUUCAAAAUGGGAAUGUGAAUGCCUUGUAUCACAGACCAGGCCAUAUAUUUCUAUAUUAGCACCUCACUUCUCAUGUAACAUGGUCGCUUUAGACCUCUAAAAACAAAUCCGUUCCUCCACCACCAUCUUAAACACAAUCCUGUCUUUCCAGAUCUUGACACCUGCGGCUAUGUUUUUAUAGUACCCUGUAUUUCAUACCAAGCUUAACCAAGGCUCUUUGAGAGGUUGCAACCCCGUUUUGGAAAAUGUGGGGGUUGUUUGUAUUUGCAUUCCUUUCAAUGCAGAUGCACUUGUUUGUGGUUUUAUUGCAGGGAUGCUAAUAUAUGUUGUUUUAAAAGGGUUGUGGAAAGUGUAUA